CUUGGGGCUCUCUGUACCCAAAAAAAAAAAAAAAAAAAAAAAACUCCAUAUUGUUUUUCCAAUAAACGAUCUCAAGAAGUUCUUAAGCAUUAUCUGUGGAUCUCAGAGGCAAUGUCGACGGCAGCGCUUCAAGGCGCCGGGAGCGGGAGCAGCAAUACCAGCAGCCACCACAACAAUAGCGGUGAUUUGGGUGUUGAUGAUUUUCACUUCUCCUCUUCUCAACUGCUCUCUCUCCUUGACUCCAAGGAAGACGCUUUCCAAGCACUAAAAGCUGAUUUGAUGGAUGCACUUAAUAAAGGAGUUAAGUCAUUAGAUGAGGAUAGUUGGAUGUUUGAUGGGCCUCGGUCUCGAAUCAACCUCAUAUCGAAGCCAGGUAGGUCCUUGGCAACGACGAAUGCCUAAUCUUUAAGUCACUGAAAGUUUGGACCGCAUUUAGUCAAGGUUUCCCAUUUCUCUUUGUUUGUAUACUGCUGCUACUGUAUUGUCUACUGUUGGGAAGCUUACCGACAAGGUCAUUGCCACUCAACUAUAAAAAACUCAAAGGAAGAGGAAUGGAUUGAUUGCUGAAUCAAAGCUUUGAAGAUAAAUAUAGAGCAUUUGUUGUUAAUUGUGGAAUCUAUAUAUUUAAGAACUGAAUUUUUUUAUUUAUAUUCUUGGGAAGCUUAAGCUUCCAUUAAUUGUACGAGACAGAAUCUCUGCUAGAAAUUACACAAAUUGCUUUAGCCUUCCUGUUUCUGCUGUUCUGCAUA